CGUGGCCUCAACAUGAGGUUUCUGCCCACGCUGGAGCGUAAAUUUCGACGCUGGAAAAAGCUAAAGAAGCCGCCGCUGUUACGUAAACUAGAUAUACUGUUCAAAAGCACGCACAAAGGACAGAUUCAAGAGGACAACGCAAAGCGGGCACAGCGAGAUUUUGGCAAAGAUAACAAAAACGAGCUGAGCUACAGAACACGGCAACAAUUUAUGUCCAACGGAACUUUCCAUGAGGCAGUUGGCUCGGUCCUAUUGACUGCCCAAUGGUUCGCCAUGAUGCCUUUACGAGGGGUUACGGCCAAGCACCCCAGCAGCCUGAGGUUCUCGUGGCGCUAUGUGCGCACGUGCUGCUGCCUGCUGUUCAUUGCGUCUAUGCUAAUCAAUCUCAGCUUGACCAUUUACAAGGUGCUGAAUGGUUCGAUAACGUUUAACAAUAUCCGACCGUUGAUCUUCAAGAGCUGCAUCUUCUUGGUGUGUGGCAAGGCUCUGAGCUUGGCACGACAGUGGCCCGAUCUAAUGAUGAAGUGGUACGAGAUCGAACAGGAUCUGCCACAAUAUCAAACACAGUACGAGAAGAGGCGCAUGGCCCAGACCAUCAAAAUGGUCAUGCUUGUGGGCAUGAUGUUAUCCUUUGCGGAACAUUUGCUGAGCAUUAUUUCAGCCAUCAAUUAUGCUUCGUUUUGCAAUCGAACUGAUGAUCCCAUACGAAACUUCUUUGAGAUGACCAACGAUGAGAUCUUCUAUGUUCUGAACUACUCCACGCCGCUUGCCCUGUGGGGCAAAAUACAAAAUGUUUACUCGACCUUUAUAUGGAACUAUAUGGAUAUAAUGGUUAUGAUAGUAAGCAUCGGCCUGGCAUCUAAAUUUCGCCAACUCAACGACAAUUUGCUCAAGUUUAAAGGCUUGCAUAUGGCUGCAGCUUACUGGUCUGAGCGGCGCAUACAAUAUCGAAAUAUAUGCACGUUAUGCGGCACCAUGGACAAUGCCAUAUCCUUUAUCACUAUGAUAUCGUUCUCCAACAAUCUAUACUUUAUAUGUGUCCAGCUGCUGCGCAGUCUCAACACUAUGCCCUCGGUAGCUCAUUCGGUGUACUUUUACUUCUCGCUCUUUUUUCUCAUCGGACGCACUUUGGCCGUGUCUUUGUAUGCGGCCAGCGUGCACGACGAGUCGCGUCGGCCGCUGCGCUAUUUGCGCUGCGUGCCAAAGGAUUCUUGGUGUCCGGAUACCAUGCGCUUUGCCGAAGAGAUUACCAGCGAUAUGGUGGCUCUUAGUGGCAUGAAGUUCUUCAAUUUGACACGCAAACUGGUGCUCAGUGUAAGUCUCUGAAGAUCAUCUAUUUACAUGACAUAUAAUUAAGUAUUUGAACAGGUGGCUGGCACAAUCGUCACUUAUGAGCUGGUGCUUAUUCAGUUCCACGAGGAUCAGGACUUGUGGGAUUGCGA